CCCUCGCCCCCUCCACCCCGCGGAGGGUGACGGGCGCUUCCUCGCCCGGAGACGCCGCUUCAGCUGCAGCCGUCGCAGCCUCCUCGCCGCGGCUCAGCCGCUCGCCCUCCCCGGCACCGGGGAGUCCCCGCCGGUCCCCUUUCGCCGACCCCCGCGGCCGCAUCGCCCCGGCUCCUCUCUCUCUUUCUGUCUCGGCGUCCGCCCCGGCCCGGCCAUGGCGGACUUUGACGAGAUCUACGAGGAGGAGGAGGACGAGGAGCGGGCGCUGGAGGAGCAGCUCCUCAAGUAUUCCCCAGACCCGGUGGUGGUGCGCGGCUCGGGCCAUGUCACCGUGUUUGGACUAAGCAACAAAUUUGAAGCGGAAUUUCCUUCAUCUUUAACUGGAAAGGUUGCACCUGAAGAAUUUAAAGCCAGCAUCAGUCGCGUUAACAGUUGUCUUAAGAAGAACCUUCCAGUUAAUGUGCGAUGGCUACUUUGUGGAUGCCUUUGCUGCUGCUGCACUUUAGGUUGUAGUAUGUGGCCAGUUGUCUGCCUCAGUAAAAGAACACGAAGAUCGAUUGAGAAGUUAUUAGAAUGGGAAAACAAUAGGUUAUACCACAAGCUGUGCUUGCAUUGGAGACUAAGCAAAAGGAAAUGUGAAACGAAUAACAUGAUGGAAUAUGUCAUCCUUAUAGAAUUUUUACCAAAGACACCGAUUUUUCGACCAGAUUAGCAUUUGAUUUAUUUAUAAAGACUUAUUCAAGUAUGUUGUCUUUCCGAUGGUGCCUUGCUUGGUGCUCUCCCGGUGGUGACAUAGCAUUGGUUCUACAGAAUCUUGUGGUGUUUUCAUUCUUUUUUGUUUGUUUGUUUGUUUUGUUUGGUUUUUUUUGUGUUUGUUCCAUUUUGUUAGUUUUGGGGUUGUUUUUGUUAAUAAGAGCAUGUUCUAAGUGCUUUUGGUCAAACUCUGCAAAGUCAUUUCACGCAAAUGUUAACUACUACUUAAGUUAUUGUUACUUUUACUACUUCUGUUUAUUAAUGUAUCUUGAUUUUCAAAGAGUCUUUUAUAUGUGUGCGCGUGUGUGUACAUAUAUAUUACUAUAAAUACACAGCUGAAAAUGGUAUACAUGUGAGCAGGUAUUUUUUUAUCCCAAAAUAACACAACUGAUUAACAUUGUGCAAGUCCUUUUAAUCAUACAUCUACAUGCUGAAGUACUUUCUAAGAUCUUCCUAAACUGUUGUCAAUGACUAGUAGCUUGCAAAUAUUUUUUUCUUUUUGAGCUAUUGGCUAGCCCCCUACAGCAAAAGAAAGGGAUAAAGUUCUUUUUGAAACUGUGCUUUUAGGAACACAAAUGCCAUUGCAUUAAUAGAAAUCUCUGCUUUCCUGAAGAAGCCCAGUCAGCUGGUUCUGGAAAAGUUCUAAUUCAAAGGUUUAAAGAAAAAAAAAAAAAAGCAGUGAAAUAGAUCUGUUUUAUUCAGACUAGAAGAAUCACUGAGAGAAUUGCGUGCAUCUGGUUAGUAGAACUCAACAUCACAAAAAUAUAUAUUAGUAUUUCAGUUAAUAAUGCUGCUGUUAUAAUUCAGGCUAAUGCCAUACAUCAGCUUUAUUCCUGUUGUUUACCAGAUCAUGUACACAGAGGUGCAGAAAGACUUGUUUUACUAUACUUACUGUCCAAGAGGACCUUUCAGGGUUUUGUCUGUUUUGUUUUAAAGCCACAUAAGCAGAAAAAAAUCAUUGAAGAAAGCUUGAACAGUUCACUUCCAGAUGCAAAUGCAGAUGCCAUGUAUUAAAAAUAGUCAAAGCAAGGUACACUGGGCAACAGCGUAAGUUUAAAUGUCUUAGAUAAUUAUUUAUUGUACCCUUGCUUCUGCUCAUUUUUGUUUACAAAGCUUAUUUUCUGCACAAGUAUAAAACUUUUUUUAACUGGAUAUAUGAUGUAUGCUUGGGUCAGGCCAGUUGUAUUUAAUUUCUUCUACUUUUAUCUUAUUUGUACAUAUCUUCACACAGGGUUUUUUUUAAUUGCAACUCAAUCGUAUUUUUAAAUUUGCUUUAGGUAUCUAAAAAUACUGUACAUGAACAUUAAUGUAAGUUAAGAAUAUGUUCCUUGUACAGUUGUGGUAGCAAGCAAUAAUGUGAAUAUAUGAAAAAACAGAUAUGCUCUGCUUAAUAUUUGUAUGAAUGAAAAAUUGAUACCACUACAAGAAUAAUCUUCUCUUUUUAAUCUUUUAAAUACAAGUUUUAUUUCAAGGUAAUAUAUUACAGAUACCUUGAUACUGUGAACUAUUUUUCUAUGUCUUCAAAAUAUUUAUUCUCUGUAAAAUAUUCUCUAGUGAGUAUUAUGUUCCUAAAUUGUUGACAGUGGGAGUGGUCUAGAAAGUUUUAAGUUUUCUUAAAUCUAAGCCUUCUGUAUUUGUUGCCUAAACUCAUCCUUUGUUCGGCUUUUGUCUGUGGAUUCCUGCUUUUUACUUUGAAAAUAGCUCAGCUAUGAUUUUCAUGCAAGCCUACAAGUAUGUUUCUUUGACUUGGUGGAAUAUGAUUUUUAAUUAACAAAUUCUGGUUUUGUGCUGCCAGUCUUCUGGGUCCCAAGGUGGUUUCUCUCCAAAGUAACUGGUUCUGAUUUCUUUAAAAUUUCAGCCUCUUGUGUAGUGCAAAUCUGGAUCUGCAGCACUCCUCUCAACCGAAGUAUUAGUUAAAAUCUCAGACCGGUUUCAUCCUGUAGGGGAGGUGAGAACCCUAACAUUGGUGGCAGCUAAGGUUAUGGGAGUUCAAGGUGCAGGGAAGAGGUUGGAACGGAACAAAAUUGAUAACUGGUGAUAAAUAGUGAUGACCAGAAAUACCUGUUCUUUUUCAAGUGUCAGUUCUCUAUAAAAUUAAUAUUGAAUCAUAGAAGGUCUAGACUUUAUCAAAAUUCUCAGUUAACUGUAUGGAUAGGUUUGUGUCAUGGAUGCAGUUUUCCACCAGUAGAUGAUUAGUGUGGAAGGAUAGGUUGGAUGUGGCUUAUGAUAAGUUCAUAGUAGCUCCAGCUUGAACACAAGCUAUUUGCCUCAGUUUACUACCCAAACUUUCCAUAGUACGUUCUGUGACACCACAGCUAUGGCUCCAGCAGCACCCACACUUUCCUACAGUAAAGCUAAUUUGAGUACCAUGUGUGUUGAAAUUAGAGCAGUGAAUAUAGAGUGCGGCUUACAGGUUUACAAAGACUAUCUCGUUAGCAAAACUUCCACAUCAGUGGUAGUGCUGGUUUUUAGGUACAUCUGCACUUAUUAGCAGGCAUUUCUGUAUUUUAACUAUGACUUUCUCUCUAAGAAUUCUAGUAUAAGGGUCCAAAGGGGAGCUCAGCAAGAAAAAAAUUUAAAUCCCUUAGUAUGGAGGCCAGACUAAUUGCCUCUUAAGGCAUUUCUGAUGUUAAAACAAUGUCUCUGACCUAAAAUAAAACCAGGAAACUUGAGAAACUGUCUAUUUGUAAAUGAGUUUUGCUUGAGUGUUAACUCUUCUGAUGAAGUAGUACACUACUCACCUGGAAAGAGUGUUAUAAAACAUUUUCAUACAAUCCUUUUCAAUUCAUUAAUUACAAUGCUAGAAAUUGAACAUGGCAGGAACUUUAAUCAACUAGUUAAUGCUUGCAGUAGUCAUCAGGAUUUUCCUUUGUCUUAUUUCUAAAAUACUAGAUCUGUUUAUUUUUCUGUACUAGUGAGAAGACAUACGUUACCUUUUCUUGUUCUGUUGGCAAAGGAUGAAGUUGAGCAGGCCAGAAGCUGUUGUAGGACUUGCAGUACACAGCUUACUCUUUGCUAAAAUAAGUAUUACAUCAUACUAACUUGUUCAGCUUCUUACAACUCAGCAAUUCCUACAAAUAAUCUUAUCUGUUUCCAGUUCCCUUGAAUAGUGAGAAGUAGGUACCCACUUGAUAUUAAUCAUUUAACAAACGAUACUAAUAAUGUCUGUUUCACUUUUAGCCUGAAAAACUAAUGGCAAAGGCAUCAAUGACUCCCUGUGAAAACUAUUACCAGGUAGAGUGGCCUUUAACUGGUCAAUAAAGAUUUUUUUCUUACUGUAAUAGAAUCAAAUUAAAUUUAGUGUUUUAGUGAUAGGUAGAACUAAGUCUUGAGGGAGAACAGCCUUCUGUCUGGCCCUACGUGAAGAAUUCUGUAGAGCUCAUCUGUUGUUAAGUAGCUAUGAUUUGAAGUUUAUACUGGGCUUGGCAGACUCCACCAGAAAUUAAAAUAUUUAUGGAGGUAGGUUACAUGAAGUCAGUAAAUUUUUUUGUAAUAGCUCAGUAAGAGUAAUUUUAAUAACCGAUAGAUGUAAAUCAAAAAAGUCCCAUGGCAAAUGUAAAAUUUUCCAUAAUACUCAAGCUGAAGUAGAGUAGGCUGUAACAACUUUUUUAAAGUACUUCGAUUUAGGGAUUGUAACUUACAUCUAUUUCUUAAAUUAUACAUUUUUGUAAAUCUUAAGAAUAUGGUGUUUAAAUGCAAUACUCUUGAGACGCGCAUACUUCAAAAUCAGUUUCUGUUUUUAUUUUUUUCCUCUAAGUGUUAUUAUUUAGCCCUGAGAACUGUAAGUGGCGGGGGGGGAGGGGGAAGAGAGCUUUAAAAUGCAAUCGGUAACUGCUCAGAAGCCAGAAAGCAAAGGAAAAGAACUUGUCUUUAUUUCCUUCCCUCCACCCCCCACCCCAAAGUUUUAAUUUUAGAUUGGUCCCCUUGUUUUGGGAGCUCUAGCUUAUGGGUUUUGAGCAGCUGGCAAUAAUGCAAAUUGUAUACCAAAAAACCCCAUUUGAAUUCUGAACAAUUUAAAGAGAUCACUUUAAUUGAAGAGCAAAAGACUUGUUAAGCCAAGAAAAUCCCUUGUUCUUUUAAGUUCUCCCAGCACUGCUGUUGAGUAAUUAAAAGAAGUAUCGUGAUGACCCUACAUUAGGUAAAAAUCCAGAUUAUUUUAUGUAAAGGAAAUGCUCAAUUAGAGAGGUCUCUGAGCCCCUAUGUCUUGGAUUCAUAGUAGCGACUUAUUAAGGAUAAGUGGCACCAGCUAGUUUCCUAUCCGUGAAGAAAAUCCUUUAUGUUACUCUUCAGCAAACUUACUUAUGAAAAUAAAGUGUUUUAGAAAUAAGAUCUGUAUUCAUCACUGCUAAUUUGCUGUAAUUUCUGUGCUGCUUCUCCCUCAAUCCACAUUGCAUUUCCAUCACAAACAGCUAAGUGUGCAAUCAUUAUAAUGCCUUUAAUAGCCAUAUUGUAGGUAGAAAUAUUAACUUCUCAGGGACUAAUAGGAAAUAUGAAAAUGGAGUUAAUGAGCUGAAUGCCUAUCUGCAUGAAGGCUUACUUUGCAAAUGGCACCCUAGAAAACUUCUGAUUGUAAUAUGCAUGACCAUUAUGAAUGUUAGCAGUAUAGAGCUAUGUGAGCUCCCUUUAACCCUGUAUUAUUAGGCUGCUGAAUGUCAUAUAGUAUGUUGGAUAAGGGUAAAUUAAGUUGUUUUUUUCUGAUUUGGAUAGAGUGAUUAUUUCUAAUGGUGCUACCAUCUUAAUUCCUGUGUUUAUUCUUUGUAAGGUUCUCUCUGUAGGCUGAGUGAAUCAGGAAAUACUGGUAUGAUGAGAAAACAAUAUCAUUCUUCUUAAGGAAAUGGAAAAAUUUGAUUGGGGGAGGUACUCUAGAAGCAAAAAAAAUUACUGCUGAAAGCAUCAUGUAUUUAAUCUUCAUUUGUUACAGAUAUCCUUUGGGUUGUUUUAUUGGUAACAGUAUUCUGCAGUUUCUCAGUUUUUGAACUUCAUCUUUUUGCACAGUCAAAAUGUUUCAGUCAGCUUGGGCUGAAUUAGAGACUAUUUUAAAAAAAAUCAUUCCUUCAAUGAAACAUCAUAUGUUGACACUUUUGUGCUGGUGUGUGUAUCUCCACUACAUGAUACCUAAGUAAUAACAUCUUUUACAAAUGCUUUAAAAAUGUUUUCUGUUUCAUUUAGCUCAUUAAUACUUAAUUAAUAUUUAUUUUCAUGAAAAAAAUUAUAAAUGCCUGACUCCUCACAAUGCACCAGACCAUUAGGAAAGAUUUGGUGAGGCAAAAGAUGAAACAUAGGAAUUAGGAGAAGCAACAACCAAAAGUUUGAAUUUGGGGAUUAGGUUUGUAAUUCUCUGAGUGUGAUGGAAAAUAGUUUUGAACUGAAUGAAAUGAUAUUGAAUAAUGAAAGUUAAAUAAAAGCUAGCAAUACAUUUCAGUA